CUCCCGGGCUGAGGGACGACGCAGGAGACAGAUGGAGGUCAGCUCCGGUGCCUGUCCGAGCGGCUGUCUUGGAAUCACUUACUAGGAGUCUUUCCUUCCUGCAUCCAAGGAGCCACCAUGGCAGCUCACCUGAUAAAGCGAUGCACAUGCCUCCUGAGAGAGGCCGCCCGGGUAGCCCCUGUUAUGUCUCCAGUUGGCCGACUGCAACUCGCUGCGAUGACCCAAAGGACUGUGACUUUCUCAGCUACCUCACCUAGUUCCUACUCCUCAGGUUCCUUGAUUGAACUUGUCGAAAAGGAACCAGUGUUUACACCCUACCCAGAGCGCCAGGAGGUAGACCAGCUCAUUGAAAAGGCCACCAGACCAGAGGAGCUACUAGAAAUAUCUAGUGCUGGCCACCACUUUCACCAGAACCAUGCUGCCCUCAUCCUUAUCCAGUUCUCGCGCUUGCUGUCUAAGAAGCCAGAGUUCAAAGCCUCUUUGAUUCAGGAUGCCCGUUUUCAGCAACUUCUCCAACUUGCCAACAGUCAGAUAACUUCUGUCUGGCACGGUACCCUUGUGAAGCUGCUGCGAAGCCUCUAUUCACUAGCACUCCCUCAGACCUCCAAGGAGCUGCAGUCAGUGGAGCAGGAGGUCCGAUGGCGGAUGCGGAGGCUCAAAUACAAGCAUCUGGCCUUCCUGGCUGAGACCAGCACCGCCUACAUGCAGGAGCGGGACUCCAAGGAGCUGCUGGCCGAGCUGCUGGUGAACCUGGAGAGACGCUGGGCGGAAAUUGAAGAUGGUCGCACAUUGGUGGCCCUCAUGAUGAAAAUUGGCCACCUCUCAGAACCACUGAUGAACCAUCUGGAAGACAAGUGCCUGGAGCUGAUGGAACAAUUUGGCCCUGAUGAUCUGCGAAAGGUGCUGUUGACUCUGGCAGUACAGAAUCGUAGGUCGGUGCCUUUGCUGCGGGCCAUCUCCUAUCACCUGGUUCAGAAACCCUUUACCUUGACGAAAGGCAUCUUGAUGGACCUGGCUUAUGCCUAUGGUAAAUUCGGCUUCCAUCAGACCCAGAUAUUCCAGCGAUUGACAGCCGAUCUGCUGCCCCAUGUGCCCAGCUUGACACACAGUGAGGUGGCCCGAUGCUGCAAAUCCUUGGCCUUUGUCAAGUGUUUGAAUCUGCCUCUGUUUGAAGCCAUUGCCCAGCACAUCUUGAACAAAGCCCAGGACAUCACCCUGCUGCAUCUGUGCAAUGUGGUCCUAGCUUUCGCGCGUCUGAACUUCCAUCCGGAACAGGAAGAUCAGUUCUUCAGUCUGGUGCACAAGAAGCUUGCAUCAGAACUGGCAGGCCUGAGUCCUGCUCUGCAGGUAGAUGUGGUGUGGGCCUUGUGUGUGCUGCAGCAGGUCCAGGAAACAGAGCUGCGAACUGUCCUCUGUUCCGGAUUGUACCCCCAGCUUCUAGAUGGCAAGACUCCUAAGGAUCAGAAUACCUUUCAGAAGCUUCUGCACAUCAACGCCACUGCCCAGCUGGAACACCCCGAGUACACGAGCCCCCUUUUGCCAGACUUGGCCUUGGUUCCCAAGUCCACAGCCCUUGACAAGAAGGUGACCCCCCUGCAGAAGGAGCUUCAGGAGACCCUAAAGGGGCUGCUGGGUAGUGCCGACAAGGGCUGCUUUGAAGUAGACACACAGUAUGGCUGGGUUCUGGAUGCUGAGGUGCUGCUGGACACUGAAGGCCAGUUUCUUACCCUGAGGGACUUUGCUGCUCCUCAUCUUGCCCAGUCACCAAGGAGCCAGCCACUGCCCUCUGGAGCUAAGAGGCUGGCCUUCCUGAGAUGGGAAUUCUCCAACUUCAAUAGCCGGAGCAAAGACUUACUGGGUCGCUUCUUCAUGAAGCGACGCCACAUGCUGGCUGCUGGUUUCCUGGUCAUCGAUGUUCCUUACUAUGAGUGGCUGGACCUCAAGUCUGAAUGGCAGAAAGGCGCCUACCUCAAGGACAAGAUGCGCAAAGCUGUGGCAGAGGACCUGGCCAAAUGACCCCAUCCCCUCAGCAUGGACUGCAUGCCAGCACUUCAUUGUGGUUUCCUCAAGCCUAGCCAUAGGCGCUGGGCCCGGGGAAAAGAUCUCCCUUCAGGCUGAGCCUUCAUAGUACAGGACUUUGGCCAGAGUGGAGAUUUGGCCAGCAGCUCUAAGGGGGUGGAUUUUCCUCAAGUGAAUAAUAAAUGUUUAAUUUUGGUGUUCCCCACCAAAAGGGUA